GGUAAGAUGGCGGCGCCCAUGGCCUGUCUUGAGCCGGUGGAGGGAGAAGGCAGCACGGGGCGCAGGGCGUCCGGGGUGGAACUGUCGCUCCCCUCGGACCCCGCGGCUCCCGCCCCGAUGUGCCCACACGGGCCCACUCUUCUUUUUGUAAAAGUGAGCCAAGGGAAGGAAGAAACACGGAAGUUUUAUGCCUGCUCAGCCUGUAGAGAUAGAAAAGACUGUAAUUUUUUUCAAUGGGAAGAUGAAAAGUUGUCAGAAGCUAGACUUGCUGCCCGAGAAGCUCAUAACCAAAAAUAUCAGCCCCCUCUGUCCCGAGCACAGUGCAUAGAAAGGUACCUGAGUUUUAUUCAAUUGCCCUUGACUCAGAGAAAGUUCUGUCGAAGUUGCCAACAAUUGCUGUUACCUGUGGAUUGGGGGGAGCAUGGUGAGCACCAGCUGUUGCCUGACAUCUCCAUCACCCAGCUCCGGAGGCCCAGUCAGCUGCUCUAUCCACUGGAGAACAAGAAGACACACGCCCAGUACCUGUUUACAGAUAGGAGCUGCCAGUUUCUGGCGGGCCUCCUUGCUACCCUCGGAUUCAGAAGAGUACUGUGUGUUGGAACACCAAGGCUACACGAGCACAUCAGACUGACAGCACCAGGUGAAAAGUCCAACACAAAAAGCCUCUUAUUGGAUAUUGAUUUUCGGUAUUCGCAGUUUUAUCUGGAAGAUAGCUUUUGCCACUACAACAUGUUCAACCAUCAUUUCUUUGAUGGAAAGGCUGCCCUUGAAGUGUGCAAGGCAUUCUUACAGGAAGAGGAAGGUGAAGGAGUGAUUAUGGUGACAGACCCUCCUUUUGGUGGCUUGGUUGAACCUCUGGCUAUUACAUUCAAGAAGUUAAUUGCUAUGUGGAAAGAAGGUCAAAGCCAAGAUGACAGUCACAAAGAACUGCCCAUUUUCUGGAUAUUCCCCUAUUUUUUUGAGUCCCGGAUUUGUCAGUGUUUUCCAAGCUUCACCAUGCUGGAUUACCAGGUAGACUAUGAUAAUCACACACUCUACAAACAUGGAAAGACAGGUCGGAAACAGUCUCCUGUGCGGAUUUUCACUAACAUUUCACCCAACAAAAUAAUCCUUCCUGCGGAAGAAGGGUACAGAUUUUGCUCUCUCUGUCAGAGAUAUGUUUCUCUUGAGAAUCAGCACUGUGUGCACUGUAAUUCCUGCACAUCCAAGGAUGGCAGGAGAUGGAGCCAUUGCUUUCUCUGCAGAAAGUGUGUAAAACCUUCCUGGAUCCAUUGUAGCACCUGCCAUCGCUGUGCGCUCCCCGAUCAUUCCUGUGCGGGCCCUAGAGAUGGCUGCUUUAUUUGUGGUGCAUUGGAUCACAAACGCAGCAGUUGUCCCAACAUCGGCGCCUUGAAGAGAGCUAAGAAAACUGUCAGAAAGCAGAAGCAAAGAAGAAGCAAUAAGAUAAAAACAGAGCCACUGAAGGACAAUCCAUGAAUCACAUCUGCUCCAAGAAGAAAGAAGAGGAGGGAGCGGGCCCAUCAAUAUCCCUGCUCUUAAAUGUCCAGUGACUUGAGAAUAAGGAAGAUUUAUAGUCCAACCUUUGAUGCCAUUUUCUCCAAGUGCAACACUGGACUUAAAUCCAGCUGCUUUCAAAGAUGUGUGCCUUCCUGAGCUCAGGAGCAGGCAGGUGGCAUUUGUGGGCUUCGAGCCCCUUCAGCGGCCUCUGCAGACCUGGGAGCUUUCUACCCUCAGCAGGUUCCCUGGUUCUGGCUGCAUGCUUUGUCCACUCUUUUAACUCCCACCAGUCUUUGUUUUGGCUUCUUUUUUUCUGAAAAAUGGGCAUAAAGCGUAUGUUUACAUAUAAUACCAGAUAUUAAUGCAAAUGAAAAUUCAUAGUUUUCCUUAUGUCAGGCGUUUUAAUCUAAAUAUGAAACUAUUUUUAUAAAAUGACCAAGCAAGACAUUAAGGCACAUCCAGCCCAUGACCCAUGGGCCAUGUGUGUUCCGGGAUAGCUAUGAAUCUGGACCAACACAGAAUCAUAAACACAUUUAAAUAUUGUAAGACUUUGUGACUUUUUUCAUAAUCACACAGUCCUUGAGUAAGAACUUUGUAGACGAUGUCAUGCUGUAAUGUCAAAAGGCUGGACAUGCCCAGACUCAACAAAAAGUAUGAUAUAUAAAUAUUUAAAGAUUGUAUCAGAAUAUGAUGGGGUAAAUUGUUAUUAAAGUCUUGUAAAGAUGAAAAGAUUGUAAUUGUUUUAUUAUUAAAUCUUUAUUUUUCAGUACUUUC